AUGUUGGCCUCCUCAACCACGGCUGCUGUGAUGCUUGCGGCAUCCCAGCUCUUUUCUGGAGUUCGUGCUGAUGGCCCUACUUGCCCUCCUGGCGGCGAGGUGAGUUGUCAUAACUCCGGCCCCGUCGGAGAUACCUGUUGCUUCAACACUCCUGGUGGCCUUAUUCUUCAAACUCAGUUCUGGGAUGCAGACCCAGCUACUGGCCCUGAAGAUUCAUGGACCAUCCACGGUCUCUGGCCCGAUAACUGUGAUGGUACCUACGAGCAAUUCUGUGACAUGAGCCGUGAAUAUAGCAAUAUUACCCAGAUUCUCCAGGCUCAGGGCAAACAUGAUACUCUUGAGUACAUGAUGAAGUACUUCAAGGACUACAAGGGUGAUGAUGAAUCCUUCUGGGAACACGAGUGGAACAAGCAUGGUACAUGCAUGAGCACCUUCGAGACGAAGUGCUACAUGGACUAUAUGCCCCAGCAGGAAGUUGGCGACUACUUUACCAAACUCGUUGAGUUGUUCAAGGGAUUGAACACCUACAAAACCCUCGCUGAUGCUGGCAUCACUCCAAGCAAUGACAAGACCUACGCCCUCCGUGACCUACAGGCCGCUGUUAAGUCUUCUUUCGGCAUGGAAAUCACUUUCAACUGCAAGAACGGUGCUCUCAACGAAGCCUGGUACUUCUAUAACGUCCGUGGAUCUGCCCAGACUGGAGAAUAUAUUCCUACUCUCCCAGGUGGAUCUCCAUCAACCUGCCCUGACACCGGCAUUCGAUACCUCCCUAAGAACAGCGGGGGCACUCAGCCACCAACCACCACCACCCCUGGCAGCCCAGCCCCCACUGGUACCUUCUCUGGAAAGGGCUAUCUUACCGUGACUGUCAUGGGCGAGGAAGACGGAUGCCUCAUUAGCAGUGGAAACUGGUACACCACCGGAACCUGUGCUACUUAUCGCGCUGCUGCUUCCGGCUCCGGAUUCACCUUGACAUCUAGCAAGGGUGCAUGUGGCAUGGUUAAUGAUCAGUUCAAGUGUGGCUCUGGAGUCACCGCUUCUGUCUUUGGGGUAUGUCUCCCUCCAUCCUUUCCAUGCCAAAUACUCUUACUAACUAUCUCCCAGGCUUCCGAAGGAAAGCUCGCUGCCAGCGGCAAGUCCACCUUUUAUGCUGACAAAAUCCCAAGUGGUUCCACUCAGGUUCCUGUCUACACUGCUCCGCGAGCUAUCCCACUCACCGUUUCAUGGCAGGCCAUUUAG